UCUUCAUUCGCCUCGCCGCCCGCUCCGGCUGUCGCAGUCUCGCCGCCUGGGUUCCCUUGCUCCUGCCCAUGCCUGCAUCCUGACUCCUGCGCCACCAUGCCGUACGGCCUGCUGCCCGACGGCGCCUCGCCCAUCGUGCCGGACCUCGCGUCGCUGUCGCUGGCGGGCACAAAUGCGACGCUGGCGCUGCUGCUGCUGCAGCUGCUCAUCAUCAUCGCGCUCUGCACGGCGCUCGGCCAUGCCUUUCAGGCCGCCGGGCAGCCGCGCGUCGCCGGCGAGCUGCUGGCCGGCGUGUGUCUCGGGCCAACGGUGCUCGGCAACAUUCCUGGCUUCACGGAGAACAUCUUGCCGUCCGAGGCUAAGGGCAUGCUCACGCUCAUGUCCAACAUCGGGCUCGUGUGGUUCCUGCUGCUCGUCGGCCUCGAGACGGACACGGAUCUGAUUGCCAAGUACGCCAAGGAGGUGGCGCUCGUGGCGCUGCCGGGCAUGGCUGUGCCGUUCGGCAUCUCCGCCGGGCUCGCCAAGCUGCUGUACGACAUUGAGACGGACGGCAGCGUGCAGUUCUCCACCUUCUUCCUCUUCGUGGGCACGACGAUGGCCGUGACGAGCCUGAGCGUGCUGUCGCGCGUGCUGGCCGAGCUGCGCCUGCUCUCGACGACGCUCGGCAGCGUCGCCAUUGCUGCGGGCGCCUGCAACGACACCAUCGGCUACAUCUUGCUUGCCCUGGCUUCUGCGCUUGCCGGCGGAGGAAAGCAGAUCAACGCGCUCUAUCAGCUGCUGGUCGGCCUGGCGCUGGCGCUGGUGCUGUGGUUCGCCGUGCGGCCGCUAGUCUUUCUAUGGAUCAGGCACUCCACAUUCGACCUGCACGGCCCGACGCACGGGCCGGAGAACCGUGUGCCGACGGGGAUGCUUGUGUUUGUGCUUGUCGGCUCUCUGGCAUCCAGCUUCGUCACCGUCAUUGCCGGGCUGCACCCGAUCCUUGGCGCACUGCUCUUUGGCAUCUGCGUGCCGCACGGCGCCCUGGCUGUGCGCGUCACCGAGUCGAUCGAGACGAUCACGGUGGGCGUGCUGCUGCCGCUCUACUUUGCGCUCGCGGCGGGCAGCGUCAACCUCAAGCUGCUGGACAAUGGCACGACGUGGGGCCUGACGAUUCUGCUCGUCGUGUGCACCUUUGUCAGCAAGUUUGCCAGCACGACACUCGCGACCAAAGUCGCCGGGUUCACCUGGCGCGAGUCCAUGUUUGUGGCGUCGCUCAUGCAAUCCAAGGGCAUCAUCGAGCUCGUCAUUCUCAACGUCGGCCUCGGCCUCGGCGUCAUCUCCGACCGCGUGUACGCCAUGCUCUUCGUCUCGUUCAUCUGCACAACGCUGCUCGUACGCCCGCUCUCGCGGUUCAUCUAUCUCAGCGGCGGCCGCCAUGCUGGCGCCGAGGGAGAUGACGACGAAGGCAGCAUCAACGAGAAGAUGCGCGACGAGCCCAGCAUCGCGCUGCCCCGGCCCGCCGACUUUCCCAUCGUCGCCGCGGUCACGUCGCCCAGCGCGGCUGUCGAGAGCCUGCUAGGCCUGGUGGGCGUGCUAGGCUGCGCAGCUCAAGACGGACAGGCGCUGGUCACCCUCGACCUGGUCCGCCUGCUGCCGACGGAGCACACGACUGCCAACAUUCUGCGGCAGGUGCUCGCCGCGGACACGCAGCACGGUGACCAGAUGCUCGACGCGCUGAAGCACUGUGCGGAGCUGCAGGGCGUGCACACCAGCUCCUCCUUGUCGGCGCAGCGGCGCAUCGCGCACGAGACGCAACACGAGCGUCCGACUUACGCCAUCAAGGAUGUGUUCACGGUCGCCAACAACGAGAUGCUCCCGACGCUGACGCGCUCGCUCGAGCGUGCGCAUGCCCGUCUCGGCCUCGACGCCGAAGUCACCUCGGAGCUCGGGCGCGGGCUUACGCUCAUGUCGUGGGCCGGACGUGGCCUCGACGAGGAAGGCUCGCGGGCGCAGGCCGAGGCCAACCACCUGCCCGUCCGCAUGCUUCGCGAUAUGCACAAUGCGUGCGGCGUGCUGCUCGGCAGUCACCGGCUGGGCGCACACAUCUCUCGCGAGGUUCGCGCCGCCGCCGAGGACGUUCUCGCCAUGCCCGCGUCGCAGCAGCCGCGGAUCGUUGUUGCCUUCUUCGGAGGCCGAGACGACCGCGCUGCCGUGCAGCUGGCGCGGCGCAUGGCUGCCGCAGGACGAGCUCAGGCCGUCGUCGUGCACAUGCGCAGCGGAGAAGACCCGGCCGACGAGGUCGGGGCCGAGCCACCGCAGGCACCGCAAGCGCCGCACGCCGAGGCUGCGCUGGCAGAGGACUUCGAGCACGACACAGUCAACCUGCGCACCGUGUAUCAGGCCGCGGCACAGCGCCAAGACGUCCGCUUUCUCUUUGCGCAAGGCGCUCCCGAGGCUCCGGCGCAGCCUUGCGACGUGCCCGACCGGCCUCUGACGCACAGCACAGAUGGGCUCACAUUUGUCACGCUGCCGGCCUCGCCGUGCGUCGUGCGCGACACUCUUGCAUUUGCGGCUCCCUUGCUGGACCAGUCUCGCGGCGAUCUGCUCCUCGUCGGGCACGGCAAGCUUGCGCAGCGCACACGCGCCUUUCGCGAGGAGACGGACGCACUGGUGCUCGCUGCACCGCGCACGGAGCAGCGCGGCGAGCUGCGCCGCAUCGGAAGGGCGCUGGGCGCCGCGACCGAGGCCGCGCUUGCAGCUGGCGUCAGGACGCAUGUCCUCGUUGUGCAGGCACGGCGGGAGUAGAUGAAUAGAUGCUGUCAUGGAGCGUAGAGCCCUUCUUGCUGUCAUGAGGCGAUAACCGAGUGGCAGCUCGCAACGUCGGCAGGUUUCACCGCCGAAUCGUCCACUCCUCCUCGCGCUUCUCCGUGCCGCGGACCGGCUCGCCUUGCUCGUUGAGCAUCCAGAUGUCGCGCUCGACAAUGCGUGCCGUCGGCGCCUCGAGCUCACUUGACGCACGACGCACAAGCAGCACCGUGCUCACUCGCGUGCCGUACCACUCGUCGCCGCCCUUGGUGAGAUCCUUCGACGGCA